AUGUCCCAGAAAACAAUGGAAGUGGUGAAGAAUUUGGACAUCAAAAGAUACAUGGGAAGGUGGUACGAGAUAGCUUCAUUCCCAUCAAGGUUUCAGCCAAGGAAUGGGGUGAAUACAAGGGCUACCUAUACUUUGAAUGAAGACGGAACAGUGCAUGUGCUUAACGAGACUUUCACUGAUGGCAAAAGAGGGUUUAUAGAAGGCACUGCGUACAAGGCGGAUCCCCAGAGUGAUGAGGCAAAGCUGAAGGUGAAAUUCUAUGUUCCUCCUUUCUUGCCCAUCAUUCCCAUCGUUGGAGAUUACUGGGUUUUGCACCUUGAUGAUGAUUAUCAGUAUGCUCUCAUUGGUCAGCCUAGCAGGAAUUAUCUUUGGGUAUUGUGCAGGCAAACACAUAUGGAUGAUGAAAUCUACAAUCAGCUGGUGCAGAAGGCUAAAGAUGAGGGCUAUGAUGUGAGUAAAUUGCAGAAGACCCCACAAAGCGAUCCUCCACCUGAAGGAGAUGACACUCCCAAGGACUCCAAAGGCAUUUGGUGGAUCAAAUCCCUUUUAGGCAUGUAGGAAAUUAAGAAAAUGUUUGUAUUCAUGGUUUCGUGGGACGCAUGAAAAUAUAUAUUCCAUAUCUUGUCUUUGCUUUGGAAAGAUAUAGGUCGGUUUUCAUGCUUUAUCCAUUUAAAAGGUCACCUAAUUCCAUAUCUUAUUCAAGCGUAA